GGGUGGAUGAGAUGGGGAUGAGUAUUCUAAAUUUUCAAUCGAAGUAUUAUGUAAGCAGUCUUAAGCUGUCACCCCUCUCGAGCCAGUCUCGAAGUCAGUCGACCUAUUAGAACAACCAACAACCACUUGACUGGGGCGGACUAUGUAAGAAACGAUGGAACCAAGCAGAACACACUCAAAAUAAACAACCCAAAACCAACACACCCACACACACACACAUCCAUCCAUCCAGCUGACCAUUUCACGAAGAAAGAAAGGGAGAAAGAACAAAAGAUGAAGAACAUUAACAGACUAGCCGCCAUACUCGAUCUCGAAAACCUACCCGAGCACUACCACGUCAUCCUCCUCUCCACCCUCGCAUGCUUCCUCAUCCAGGCCAUCUCCCACUCCCUCAUCUCCCCAAGACUCUUCCCAACACACUACCCCCACCUCAGCCGAUUCACAAAGUUCAACUGGGAUACCCGCGUGGUCGCUUGGAUUCACGCCUUCUAUGCCACCCUCAUCGCCAUCCAUGUCCUCAGAAACCCUGCCCUCUUCUCGUCUAUCCAUCACGAUAAACUCUUCGGAUAUCAUCCUACGGCUAUGAACUAUUUGUCCAUCUCAACGGGCUAUUUUCUUUGGGACAUAAUAGUCAGUCUAAAGCUAACGAUCAACCGAGGAGGCAUCGGAUUCCUACUGCAUGCGGUCAGCUGUUUUGUCGCGUUCCUCUACUCGAUCAAGCCGUUCUGUGGAUACUUCGGAUUCGCCUUCCUUCUGUGGGAAGCGUCAACGAUUUUCUUGAAUCCACAUUGGUUUUUCGACAAGAUAGGGAUGUCGGGCUCGAAGGCGCAACUAUACAACGGCGUCGCGCUCCUGCUAGUGUUCUUCUUUUCGAGACUCGUCCUAGGUAAUUACACCUCCUACCAACUCUUCGCUUUGUCCUUCGAGGACGGGGUCAGUCAGAAGGCCGGGACUCGGCUCUUGAACACCAUCCGGAUCCUCGACCUCCUCCUGUCCGGUCAGUUUUGGUUCUAUCAAAUGAUUGCGAGCGUCUUGAACCGGUUCUCUGCAACUCCAUCCCCACCGAAACCCUCCAUGCCGAGCGACCGAAAGAAGGAAUGAACCCACUCACCCAUCCACCCUUAUCACAUCCUCUUCUUGUAUUCUUCAUCCACUCUUUUCCUCUUUCCUUUUUUUUUUUUUUUGAAAAAUAAAUAAUCAUCACUGGAUUCCCCAAGAUUUUUGUGUUGUUUCCGUGCUCCUUUUUGUUCAUCCCUCCCCCCCCCAUCCCCAUCCCCAUCCCCCACGUCUACCAGUCCCGCUGACCGUGGACCACGUUCCCAAAAGAGAGAGAAAAAACACACACACAUGCUACCCCUGACACACCCCCGUCGUUGCUUCCUAUCCCUCACCAAGAAAAAAAAUGUCAUAUAUAUCUUAUUGCAACUUCUGAGCACAUAUAUAUUUACUCCACCCAUUCCCGCUUUGUUUGUUGUUCAUAUGUAUAUGUUUGUGAUGAAUGAGAAUUUAUAUGUUCAGAUCUCUUGGUGGUUUUGGUUGCAGGUUGUUCAUCAAUAAUAAUAUGUUCAUUUGCUUUUUUUAUCAUUUCAACCACUCUUGUCUUGAGGUCUCUGUGCUCGCCUAUCUUUCAUUCAUCCACCCAUAC